AGUUUGGAUUAUAACCUACAUUUAGUGAUUGUUGUUAUUAUUUAUUAUAUAUUAUCUAAUUAAGUCCAACUUGGUGUCUUCUCUUUGAAAUAAAGAAUGCUUACCAAUGGGAAAAAUACUAAUAAUGACGGGCCGUCAACCAAAAAACGGCGGGCUUCUAAAGAUUUAGAUAGAUGUCAGAAGCCUUCACUAAAUGACUCUAUUGAAGAGUGGCCUGAAAUAAAACGCAAACAUAUGGAUAAGACUAGGAAAUACAUCCCUAAGUUUCGUUUGAAAACUGCUGGAGAGCAUGCUUCCUUAAUUACACCACCAGAAGAGAGAGUACCUUUAAUGCUGACAGAUGUACAGCAUCUCUUGUUGCAUUCUUUGCUUGGAAAUCUCAAUCUAUCACAACCUCCUCGUUGGUAUGUGUUGGACAAAUGUGCCAAAAUCAGUCAAACUACCUGCCUCAUACUUGAAGGUGUCUCUAUUCAACAGUGGCAUAGGCAUGAAUCUAAACUCCCAAACAUUAAGAAGAUAUUUAAAGAUUUUGUGGAAAUACUAACACCAUCAGUAUACAAUGGAUCUCUAGUUCAAGAACUAGCCUUGGUCCCUUUAUCUGAAGUGGAAAAAGAGGGGAUAAUACAGAAAUAUGGAAGUAUAAAUCUAGCAUUAGAAGCUAGAAAAGACUUAAUGAUCAUGAUGAAAGCUGUAUUUCCAAUUAAGGAUGAUGUCUUGGAAGAUAUGGAUCUUCUCACUGAUGAUAAGUUUCCCAGAACACAGUUAAUACUAUCAGCUUGGCAACUUAUUGAAGAAAACUACCCAGUACCAUUGAAAGGGAAAUUGAAAGGUGUUUAUUCUGAUUACGUAAUGACAAAAGAUGAGUACAUGCCAGUUACUGCCAAAUCACCAAUGUACGGUUUAGAUUGUGAAAUGUGCAUCACAAAUGCAGGCUCAGAACUAACAAGGGUCUCAAUAGUAAAUGAAAAACAUGAAACAGUUUAUGAGUCUUUAGUAAAGCCAUAUAAUGAAAUAACAGAUUAUUUAACAAGGUUCUCUGGUAUCACAAAAAUAUUAUUAAAUGAUGUUACAAAACGACUUGAAGAUGUUCAAAAUGAAAUCAGAGAACUUCUACCAGCAGAUGCCAUACUUGUAGGCCAAUCCUUAAACUUAGAUUUACAAGCUCUUAAAAUGAUGCAUCCUUAUGUUAUAGAUACAAGUCUAAUUUUCAAUUUUACUGGUGAAAGAACUCGCAAACCUAAACUUAAGGCUUUAGCUAAAGAGUUCCUGAAUGAAGACAUUCAAUCAGGAAAGAAUGGCCAUUGCUCUGUAGAGGACUCUGUUACAUCUUUGAAAUUGGUGCAGUUGAAACUUAGUAGAAGCAUGGAAUUUGGAGAUGCUGUUCACACAAACAGACAACAAUACAAACAAAAUAUUGUUAACAAAUUGGAAACAAAACCAGAAGUUGCUUUGUCAAUAUUUAAUCAUAUGAUUGAACAGAAGAAAACUUCAUUAGUUAUUGGGUGUGAUGAUAUUACAGGAGAUUAUCAUACAUACCUAACACAGGCCAAAGAAAGUUUAAGUGCUCAGUUCAAGAAAAACAAGCCAAAGAAAGUUAAAUUAAACACUGUUGAUGGAGCAGAAGAGGUGAUAUCAAGACUUUCUGAAGCUGCCACAGAAUAUAAUUUUGUUAUGGCACAUUUAAAGCUUGAAGUUAACAGUGAAAAUGAAUGUGAACAAAUGAAAACUAUUGACAAGUGGGUGGAGACUGCUUGGAACAGCAUGUUACAGUCUGCAUUGUGUGUUGUUGUGUUUGGUGGCACAACUGAUGAAAAUGGCGUGGGCAUGAUCAAUGUUAAAAGUUGAAACUAUGUUAUAGAUAUCAAAUUGUAUUUAAGAUUUAUUUGAAUACUUUAAUAAUUAAAAGUAAUAAUAACUUUAA